AUGGAUAGCGAUAAAGGGUGGAGGCAGCGGAAGGCGCGGGUACAGCUUGCGGAAGUGAGCGGCGAGCUGGCUGCUGCGCAGCAAACGCAUUCUGUGAACAUAUGGUAUGGCAAGUGGCAGUCCAGCAGACAUGUUUCUGUGCACCGGCUGGACCCCGAGCGGGACAGCGGUGUGACGCGAGGCGACAGCAGCGGGACGUGGAAGUUCUGCUUGUAUUUUGCGCGUGGGCUAUGUGCGUUGGGCCACAAGUGCGAGUAUCUGCACCACAUACCCGAGCAGAGCGACUUCGACAGGUACCUGGUGGAAGGCACGCCGCUGCUGGAUUGUUUUGGGCGCGAGAAGCAUGCUGAGAACCGGGAAGACAUGGCAGGGGUAGGCAGUUUCAACCAGCAGAACCGGACGUUGUACGUGGGCAAUAUCGGCAAUGCGGCGGUUAUGAAGAACGGGAAACCGCUGAACAGCCGCCAGGUGGAGAGCAGGAUACGGUAUAUGUUUGGCAGACUGGGCCCGAUGGACCGAGUACGGUACCUACCGGAGAAGAACUGUGCGUUUGUGCGGUACCGCCACCACAUAACAGCGGAGUUUGCGAAGGAGGCCAUGCGGGACCAGUCUCUGUCUCUGUCCAUGGCACAGGACGCGGCACUGGGUGCGCAGGACAGCACUGGUCUACUAGUCAAGUGGGCCCGAGAGGACCCGGAUCCUCAGUCGCGCGCGCACAAGGAAGAAGACCUGGUAAACGCGCUGCUAUCACUGUUACCGCCACAACAAACGCAGACCCCAAGCAGGACCACAAGCAGGACCACUAACAAGACCACCAACGAGGCCACGAGCAAAGUACGCAAGCUGCAUAGAAAGGUGUACAGGACAACCACAGCGGCUAUGUCCCAUAAGAAUAUACUCACGUCUUACGACUCAGAUUGA